AUUGCGACACUUAUCUAUAACCAGACACAAUCUCUCUACCUCUUCUGCGCAUCCGCACAAAUUUUUGCAUAGGGCAUAAUAGAACUUUGCAUACACAAGAGGUAACUUUGCCAAUAGCAUCUUCUGCAUUUCGUCCUUUUGAACAUUUUUUGGCCAUUUCUUGGAGAGUCUCUGCAUCAAGAGGAAGCUUUACUACUAUGUCUGAUACUGGAAAAGAACGUUCUCUGGGGGAGACGCCGACAUGGGCUGUUGCUGUGGUCUGCCUUGUGAUGAUUGCUAUUUCAAUCUUGAUUGAGCAUGUGUUUCAUUUGAUAGAAAAGUGGUUUAAGAAGAUGCAUAAGCCAGCUCUUGUGGAAGCUCUUGAAAAGAUUAAAGCAGAGCUGAUGCUUAUGGGAUUUAUAUCCUUGCUCCUAACCGUACUACAAGGUCCUAUCUCUGAAAUUUGCAUUUCAGAGAGUACUGCAUCCACCUGGCACCCUUGCAACAAGAAUCAGCACAAGAGUAAGACAGGAACAGAUUCUAAAGAUAAUAAUCGAAGACUUCUUCAGUUCUUAGAUACUGGAGCAAGUACUAGACGUUAUUUAGCAGCAAAAUCCGGAAAUAAAUGUGAUGAGGGUGAAGUAGCCUUUGUAUCAGCAUAUGGGAUUGACCAGCUCCACUAUUUCAUCUUUGUACUAGCAGUUGUUCAUGUUCUCUACUGCAUAAUUACCUAUAUUUUGGGCAAAACCAAGAUGAGAAGGUGGAAGAGUUGGGAGAAUGAGACAAAGACAAUUGAGUAUCAAUACCAUAAUGAUCCAGAGAGGUUUAGGUUUGCAAGGGAUACAUCAUUUGGAAAAAGACAUUUGAAAUUAUGGAGUCGGUCGACAGUUUUCAUUUGGAUUUUGUGUUUCUUUAGACAAUUCUUUGGAUCAGUCACCAAGGUUGAUUACCUGACACUGAGACAUGGAUUUAUCAUGGCACAUUUGGCCCCUGGAAGUGAAACAAGAUUUGACUUCCAAAAAUACAUAAACAGAUCACUUGAAGAUGACUUUAAAGUUGUGGUGGGGAUCAGUCCAGUUUUAUGGGUUAUUGCAUGUUUGAUGAUGCUAACCAGCACAAAUGGUUGGUAUGCUUAUCUAUGGUUACCAUUUAUCCCCUUAGUUAUAAUCUUGGUGGUAGGGGCUAAGCUGCAAGUGAUCAUAACUAAAAUGGGGCUAAGGUUUCAAGAGAGAGGAGAUGUAGUUAAGGGUGCUCCUGUGGUUCAACCUGGCGAUGACCUCUUCUGGUUCGGUCGCCCACGCCUCAUUCUGUUCCUUAUUCACUUGGUUCUCUUUCAGAAUGCAUUUCAGCUGGCUCUCUUUGCAUGGAGCGUGUGGAAAAUUGGAUCUGGCUCUUGCUACCAUGAUCGCAAAGAAGAUAUUGCAAUCAAAGUUACAUUGGGGGUCAUCAUACAGGUUCUAUGCAGUUACGUGACUCUGCCUUUGUAUGCUCUAGUGACACAGAUGGGUUCUAGCAUAAGACCAACCAUCUUUAACGACCGAGUAGCAGCAGCACUCAAGAACUGGCACCAUGACGCCAAGAAACAUGCUAAACACAGCAAACAUUCUGAGUCUCACACACCAAUGUCAAGCAGGCCAGCAACUCCUACAUACGGCAUGUCGCCGGUCCAUUUCUUGCAUAACUACCGUAGCAGUACUGCUCCUGAUAGCUUACAGAAUUCUCCAAGAAAUUAUAACUAUGACAUGGAUAAUUGGGACCCUGAAGCACUAAAUUCAGUACAUAACGAGCUGCAAACUGAUGAGUCUCCCGAGCACAUUGAAAAUCCUGAGGUUAGGUACGACAACACCGAAGUUGAAGAGCCAAAUUCUAACUCAAUAACGCAAGUGCGUCCAGCCCAACGUGAAAUUGGUGUCAGCUUAAGAGAGUUCACAUUCAAGAAUUGAUAAAGAACAUGGAAAAUAGAUUAUUUUUCAGGCUAAACCUUGUUUAUUGCAUGUGUACAUUUCUUGUACAUGAAAGCACAUAAUCUUGUACUUAUUUAAGGCAGCACCUUGUAUUUUUGUUGUUAGAGCACAUCAUCUCA